UUCCGAUUGUUAGGAAAUCAUGGCGGGCUGAAUGCAGACUGAUAUGAGGAAUUUCUUUAGGGCCUUGUCACUUUCACAUGGAUCCUGCAAACCUCCCUGGAAAAUAUUAUUUUUCGGAACAGAUCGGUUCGCUGUCCACUCACUGAAGGCUUUGCACGAAAAUCAGAGAACCUCAGGCAGAAUUGUAGAACUGAUUGAUGUUGUAUGUCCACCAGACAAUCGCAAAGUAAUCAAGAAAUCUUUGAAUGAAGAUGAUUCUACAAGAGAAUUUAGCAGCAAACAUAAUAUUCCUAUUUAUUAUUGGAAUAACAAGGAUGGCUGGGAGCUUAAUCAAGGGCCACCUGGUCCAUAUGACAUUGCAGUUGUUGCAUCCUUUGGCUACUUAAUACCUAACCGCAUUCUGGACUUGUUUCCAUGUGGUGCUAUAAACAUUCACCCAUCUCUCCUGCCACAGUGGAAGGGUGCUGCCCCAAUUUCACAUGCAAUAUUAAAUGGAGCAAAGGAGACAGGGAUAUCCAUUGUUGAAGUAUCUAGAGACAGAUUUGAUGCAGGGCAGUGCAUACUUCAACAAACAUUCAAGAUUCCAGGAGAUAUUAUGUAUGAUGACCUUUCUGAUCAACUUGCAACACUUGGCACACAAAUGUUGAUGCAUGCUUUGGAGAAUUUGGAGUCUUUACGAAAAAAUCCCAUGCAGUUGAGAAAGAUGAAAGCUAGCUGGGCCCAUCGUCUGACUAAAGAGGAUGGUUACAUUGACUGGACACAUCACACUUGGUCUUACAUCAGGAGGCGAUGGAAUGCUCUCUCGUCCCGAGUUGGAGUUCAGACAAGCUGGAGAGGCAAAAAGGUUAAGCUGAUCAAAAUGUCUAAAGAAUGUCUUCAGCUAACACCUGAAGAUGGUGAGUCUACAAUUCCAGGGGAAGUGAAAUACGAUAGAGACCGUGAUACCCUUUUCAUCAGAUGUCGGGACGCCUGGGUUGGAGUAACAGAGCUACAGUUUGAAACCAAGACUGUCAUUACUGCCAGAGACUUUGCUAACGCAUAUCUUCAUUUAAGCUCAAUUCAUAAUCCGUCAAAAUCAUGUUUUCAAAGUCUUCCUUGGAAAGAAAGAUGACAAAGGGUCUGUUAUGUGGUUAAAAUCAUUUGUCAGUUGUUACCUAAUACAAACACACGUAUUACUUGGAAUAUUGUGCAGGGUUCGAAAACAGAAAUGAGCUUUCAGCAUGAAAGCGGGUCAGCUGGAACCACACUGGACAUUGCCUGAAAUGUGAUUCUUGCCGUUUGAAUGUGAUUCUUACUGUUGACAACGGCCUAUUUUAAAAUGUAAUUAUCGAGGGUUUACUAGCUGACUGCUGGCAGGUCACAGGAAUUAACUUAUGGUAGUGCAGAAGAAAAGAAUUGCUAAAUUAAACUUACUCGUCUC